UAAAAAAUUUCAUACAUAGAAAGCUUUGAUUCUCAUAGAGAUCAUUGAAAGAUGGCAAGGACAUGGCAGAAGGUUGCAUCCUUGAAGAGAAAGAUGUCAUCACCAAGAGCUGAUGAUGUUUGCUCUGAUUUCAAUGCAUGCAGUACAUCAUAUAUUGCAGAGAAGGGCCAUUUCAAUGUGUACACUUGGGAGGGGAAGCGUUUCAUGCUUCCCUUGGCAUACCUUGAUAUUAGUAUUUUCAAGGAGCUGUUGAGGAUAUCUGAGGAAGAAUUUGGUUUGCUGCCCAAUGGUCCCAUCACAUUGCCCUGUGAUGCAGCAUCCAUGGAGUAUGUGUUGUCCUUACUAAGAAGAGGAUUGUCUAAGGAGAUGGAGAUGGCCUUGCUUAGCUCCAUUUUCAGCUCUUGCCAAUCAACUAUUUCUAUGUUUGCUGUUGAGCAACCUCAACAAGUUGCAGUUUGUAGUUUUUGAGUACUUGGGAUGCCACAAACCCUCACUUGUAUAAUCUCAUGAAAUUCUUUGAUUCUUGAAAAAUUAUCUCAACAACUUAUACUUGAAGAAGUUCUCUCUCUUUCUGAUCACAUGAAACUAAUACAUCAAUCCCUCAAUCAUAUCUCACUCU